GACUGGACCGCAAUGAUGAGAUAAAUAGCAGCCGUAUCUAUUUAUUUUCAAGUAUUAAGGGUCUCAUUCAUUGAUAACCGAGAGCUGGCGGGCGGCUUGGAAAGCUGCUAAUGCUGCUGGAGCGGGCUGCCUAGAAGAAUAAUGGAUGAGACCCGUCACUAACACUUGAUGAAUAUUUUGAUUGACUCUUCAAGCUGAAUUAUGGAGGGCAGUGAUGAUGUGUCUGGAAACAUGACACAGCCGCAGACUGAUAUGCGCAGCUCUGAGGUGGGAGGAAGAGAAAUCACCAGUAAAGUGGAGGAUCGAGAAACUCCACUCAAUUCUGCCGACCCCUGUGACGGCGGCGCGACAGGACUGAGUAAAGGCGGGCUCUCUAGCCUGGUGGAGCCUCCCGCGCAGUCUGUGGUGACGCCCGCCGCUGAAACUCCGGGAGGUGUGUCGCUUAAAGUCGCCACAACUGUGCUGCACCCAGUGUGUCUGGGAGAGAGCCCACUGAUGCUGCCCAUUCACCUCCAGAUGGCCGGAGCAGCCGGGCCUCAGCUCGGCCAAAUGGGGGCAGCACCGUAUUUGAUAACGAGCCAAAGCCCUGUUUCACUUCCCCUGGUCUUGGAUCAGCAGGUCAUCCAGCACAUGAGUCCUUCUGUAAUUCCUCAGACCAAUAACUGUCCUCAGCUGCCGCUCCAGAACAGCGUCCUGUGUCAGAAUCCGUUGACGUUUGGUUUACCUCCAGUUGUUGACCAGAAGUCAGCGGGACAGGCGCAGGAUGCUAGCCUGCUCUCUCUCCUCCAGAAUCCAGCUUUUGCAGCCAUCUUGCAGGACCUCUUCCCUUCCCAGGCGGGUUCAUCGACCUGUCAGUCACCUGGCUCUACCUUCUUCCCCCUUCCUCCCCUCACACCUCCCUACACCUCCCCUCUGGCCCCGUUAGUCCCUCCUGCCACACUUCUAGUCCCCUACCCCGUCAUCAUCCCCCUGCCAGUGCCUCUGCCCGUCCCUCUCCCCAUUCCUAUCCCUGUCCCCCAGACUGAGGACUCGAAGGGGAACAUGCCAAAACCAGUUUGCACUGUCAGUAAAAGCACUCAGACUUCUCCAAAAGAUACUACCUCUCCUUCGUUGUCUUCAAGCAGAUGCGUGCCACCAUUCAAGCCACAAAAUGUGUCCCCAUCCUCACUUCCUCAAGAUGAAGGACAGGCUUUAGAUCUUUCUGUCAGGGCAUGUCCGGUUGAACCAAAACAGGAAUACCCCAGCCUGCAGCAGGACAGCGUGCUUGACUUGUCAGUGCCUGUUGUAAGGAAAAAGUGUGUUCAGUCAUGUAGCUCCAGCGGCUCGCCAGGACGAGACAGAGAAUUAGCUUUCCAGUCCAGUCAGGAUAUGAGUGGCACUUCAUUGUCUCUGGGUGUUGAAUGCACUCAGAGUUUAGAUUCCAAACUCCUGGGCAGUCUGGCUUCACUGGAGUUCAGCCGGCAGCACAAGUGGGUGGUUGACAGCAGUGCCGGUGGGUCUAGCUCUCUGGGUCAGGAGGCGUCUCUCAGCGGGGCCGGAAACCUGGAGAUAGUCAGCACAUCGCAGACGGCCAAGGUCAUCGUCUCUGUGAAGGAUGCGAUCCCCGCCAUCCUGUGCGGAAAGAUAAAAGGCCUUUCGGGAGUCUCCACCAAGAACUUCUCCAUCAAACGGGACGGCAGCCAGGGGGCGUCUCUGCAGCAGCUCUACGGAGUCCCGUCGGCGUCCCAGGGGGAGCAGCACGACCCCAAUGACCCACUUAAAAAGGUCCCCAAAAACAGAGCUAUCAAACUGAAGAAGGUCAGCUCACAGGAGAUCCACUUCCUACCCAUUAAGAAGCAGAGACUGGCAGCGCUGCUCCCCAGGAAGUAAGAGCGCUCGGCGGAGGGGGAUUAAUUGCUGGACCGCUCUCUGGUAAUCCCCCCAGAGCGUGUAACAUAAAACACAUGUGGGGACAUUCUCUAAUCAAACUCAUACACUUACAUGUCCAAUCAAAGCUCAGAGUUUGGCUCCAAAUGUUGCCGAAACUGAGGCUCAUGAAUGUCUGACAGUGUGACACAGAGGUUCCAGAAGAGGUUUCUGUGGGAGCUUUCUGAACUGCUGUGUUGUUUUCUAAUGCACUACUCCACAGUGUUAUACUAAACCAGAAAUGUUUUUUUGUGUAUGGCAGCUUAAUGGGCUCUCCAUGUGGCUUUGGAGUUUCUCUUUAUAAAUCAGAGAUGUUAAAGAACAGUUUUGACUUUAUAAUUACAGCAAAGACACAUGGGUUCCAUUUUUCCAUUUGGGUUCAUGGUUUGUUUCCAUGUGUAAUUUUUCUUUAAUUGCACUGAAGACCUAAAAAAGCUGAUAGUUGAGGUUCUCGCUGUUCGGAGCCAAGCAGUAUCCACUGGCAGGACGUGACUGAGACUGUUAAACCAUGUCCCAUCAUCGGAAAUUCCCAUAGUCGUCAGUGGCUCACUGGAGCGAUUCGUCCCUUUCUGAUUGGCAGGGGUCUAGUAUGACAAGUUCAUAAGGACUUGGAAAGGCCACAGCUACGAUUUCAUUAAAACGAGUGUUGGCAACAGCCGCCAAUCGCAAGAAAAUACAUUCUUAGUUUGUUAAAAAGCAGGGAAAAAAAGGGACGUCUUAAUUGUUUUCACAUUUAAACAGCUUUCUACAGGCCUGAUCACAUAGAAGGAAAAUAUUUCUGGAAAGAGCCAAUUUUGUUGCUGGCUGAAUUAGCCUCAAAGCAAGUGUAUAGAAAUCUAUGACCCCUGCUGUUUCCAGUAACAGACUUAUUAAGUGAAUCUAGGUGGAAGUUUCGAUAUUGAUUUCACCAUUUAAAUCAACUUAAAAUGUGAAGGGCGGAUGAAAACAGCCAGAUUAAAGAAGAAAUGAUGAGCGUUUCCUUGGCUUCAGCAAGAGAAAAUACUGUUCAUAUAUUUGUUAAAGUGUGUGUUAGUCUGUUAUUAGAAUCAGUACUGGUUAAGACCAGUCCAUCCCCCCUUUAUCGGACAUGUCAGUGUAAAACAUUUGUUCCAAGUAGUUUGGUGUCAUUUUUAUUGUUUUGUGGAGCAUGGUAUUUUUUCUGUCCCAUGAUAUUGACCAGAGUUGUGAAUGUGUCUUGUGUCAGUUUAUUUUUCCUACUGAGUGCACUUUGUCAUAGUUUAGUUUAAAAACGUAACAGGGUGUCCUACCUAUUCUACUAAGACUCUGUUGCCCCUUUGCGAUCACAGCGUCUAUGAAAAUCUGUGAAUUACAGGCCAAGAACUAAUAACAGCCAUAUGCAGACUGUCUGGAUGAACAGAGGAGAGAUGGAAAAUACCUAAAGCUCGACUUCUUACCAGUUCUUUAUUUAUAUAGAUGUGCUUUAGGAGGAACAGUACGUCUUUCUUUAACUAAUGUCUGCAGUCUAUUGAACAGAAAGCUCUUUUUCCCACCGUGAAGUAGUUUGUACAGUACAGGAUUUCACCCUAAUUUAUUCUUUGUACAACUUUUAUUUAUACAGUCUGUGUAUAUACUGGAUGGUCAGUUAGGAGACUGGAUAUAAAAAAAAAACAGCUUCCUUUGUAACUCAGUCUCCUGAAGCACCUUUUGCUUAUGAAAACAGUUUUAAUUAAGAUAUUAGUGAAGAAACACAGUUGAAAUGCUGGCAGGUAUGUGUUUGCUUACUGUACAGUAUGUGUGCUUUUUAUAUGGAAGUGAACUAAAAUCUCCAAUGUUUAAA